UGAACUGGGACAGUAGUCCUGUUGUUGUAGAAGCUGACUGUAGCGAUCACAUUCGGGACUCUUUUUACAGCGUUCGCGUUUCAUUUAUUUUGCUGUAUGUAGGUUUCUGGCAGCUUCAGGUUCUCUAGUCGACCAGUCCGUCUGGUUGAGCUGUUUGUUGUGAUGGCGGAUCAUCAGGAUCUCAGUCAGCAGCCGGAGCAGCAAGUCCGCGCUCUGACCAAAAAGGGCAGCCUAGUGGAGGUCAACGAUGACGUGCCGCUGCGACGCUACUUCCGCUCCGGCAUGGAAAUGAUCCGAAUGGCCCACAUCUACACGGAGGAGGGCAACAUCGAACACGCCUUCGUGCUUUACAAUAAAUAUAUUACGCUUUUUAUUGAAAAACUUCCCAAACAUCGGGAUUACAAGACAGCAAACAUUCCUGAGAAAAAGGACACACUAAAGAAACUCAAGGAGGUGGCGUUUCCUCAAGCAGAGGUUCUUAAACAAGCGCUUUUAAAAAGAUUUGAACAAGAAUAUGCGCAGUAUCUUGUCAAAAAGAAAGCAGAGGAGGAGGCCCUGGCGCGGGAGCAGUCCAAGCAGCGAGCGCUGGACGCCGAGCGGGAGCGCGUGGCCGAGAUGCAGCGGCGACAGCGGGAGCAGGAGCAGUUCAGUGCCUUCGAGGAGAUGAUCCGCCGCCAGGAGCUCGAGAAGGAACGUCAGCGAGUGCUCCUGGAAUUUGCCACUCCGGCCACGCCUUCCUCUGACACUCCCCUCAUUCCUGGUAUCCAGGGCCCGCCAUUGGUACCCCCCACAACCCCCCUGAACCUCGGGGAUCUGUCCGGCACUAACGACUAUCAGGACCCUCGGUCUACUGCUACCCCAGACACACCUGCAACAGGCCCACCCAGCUUUGACCGCUCGCUAAAACCUGGGUCUCUGGUCAGCCCAGUUAACAACAAUACGAUGGUGGAUGCCCUUCGGCAGCUGGCCGUUCCUGCUGAGCUGUGCCGGAGCUUCCUGAGGCUGGCCGAGGCCAACACGAGCCGAGCUGUAGAAACAUGUGGCAUCCUGUGUGGAAAACUGACCAGGAAUGCAUUUACUGUGACUCACGUUAUCGUCCCGAAGCAGUGCGGUGGGCCGGACUAUUGUGACACUGAAAACGAGGAAGAACUUUUCCUCAUUCAGGAUCAGUAUGACCUCAUCACACUGGGAUGGAUUCAUACUCACCCCACACAGACCGCCUUCCUGUCCAGCGUCGACCUCCACACACACUGCUCCUACCAGAUCAUGCUGCCCGAGUCCAUCGCCAUCGUCUGCUCACCUAAAUUUAACGAGAUCGGCUACUUCAGGCUAACUGAUCGAGGUACAGAUGAGAUCUCUUCGUGUAAACAGAAGGGGUUCCACCCUCACAGCAAAGAUCCGCCUCUCUUCACACACGCAGGACAUGUGAGCAUCACGGAGGACCCUGUGUGCAUGAUGGACCUGCGGUGAUCUUCUGUUUCCAACCGAACACUCAAGGACUGUUUUAUCUCAGUGAACGUUUUACUGGAAGAAAAGAAAAGCAUAAAACACUCAUUUUAUUUUCUGGACGGUACUGAAGGUCGAUCACGUUUACCGUUUAUAUAGACUUGUGUUGUACUCAAGAAGUACUAUGUUGGAAAUGUUUCAGGUUUUAUUUUUACUCUGUAAGAUGAAAAAUUCACAUAUUAUUGCACUUUCCAAGCAAGCCAACUGCUAUCAGACCCAUGGACUCCUGAACCGCUUGUUUUUCCAUACUUCUGUUUUUGUUCCUCAAGUUGUUUAUUACAUCUCUGUUCUGCUUUUUUCUUUGAGUCAUAAAUCAACAUGUUUGUCAGUGACAGCUGACAGAUGAGAGUUUCAUCCUACCUGCCAGAUAAAGUGCCAAGGAUGUGAACAUGCAAA